AUGGCGGGACUUUUGUGUGACGACUGUAAGAACAAAGACUGGAAGAGAUUGGCCAAGCCGCGCUACAAUGUUCGUUAUGUUACACCAGGAGCACUUACCAAUGGUUGUUUGCAUUGGGUGGCUCAAGAUACUGAAUGUGGAGGGUAUCCUUUAGUUAUUGCUGCUUUCGACUUGGCUCUUGAAAAAUUCGAGAAAGUACCACCUCCUCGUGAUAUUGUUGAUAUGACAAGGGUUGAACUUACUGUUCUUGGAGGAUCUCUUGUUUGCUAUGUUCAUUCGGUCAAUGAUUUUCUUAUUAGCUACUGGAUGAUGAAGGAUUACGGAGUGCAAGAGUCUUGGUGUAUGUUUACCGUCGAUGGUUUUGGGUGUCCAAAGUUACUCUUUAAGUACUGUUACUAUCUUGAGGGAUGAUGAGAUUGUUUUUGUGGAGAACAUUAAGUUGGUUGUGUUUUCUCUGCCAUGUAGAGUUUGGAGCGAUAUGAAAGUUGUUGGUGUUCCAUAUUCAUACUACGAUCAUAAAAUUAUGACGUAUAAAGAGAGUCCUUUGUCUCCUAAUUGCACAUCAGCAUGAGAAAGAAUGGAAAUAAAAUCCUCUUUUUUUGAACAUACAAUCAGUGGUUCGGCAGGAGAGGAAUGCUAGAAGAUGCGGUGACACAAUAAGAAUGGCGGGAAAUUUGGUGAGGCAGAUGGAAGUGACCACAUGAAUCGUGAGAUGGAGUCCAGAAAAAAGCAUUUCUAAAUAGAAUACAUGUCUAGGUUUUGGUUUGCUGAUCUGUAGCUUUUUUAUUUUGUUACUCCCUCUGUCCAAAAAUAAUAAUAAUAAUCUCACAUUGAGUUUUGAGCUUUGCAUAUAAAAUAG